AUGGGCGCUGGUAUUGCGAUCACUCGCGGUGCUGCUGGAGCAUUGUCAUUUUGUAUGGCUGUAGUACUGUUGACAGUCUGCCGUAAUGUCAUCACCCUGCUCAGAGAAACACCUAUCGGAGAGUUCAUUCCAUUUGAUUCUGCCAUCGCGUUCCACAAGAUCGUCGCUUUGUUCGCCGCAUUUUGGGCUGCUCUGCACACGAUCGGUCAUUGCGUUAACUUCUACCAUGUUGCCACUCAGAGUCAAGAAGGACUUCAUUGUCUGUUCCAGGAAGCUGUAUUCGGGUCGAAUUUCCUUCCGUCAAUCAGCUACUGGUUCUAUGGAACAAUCACUGGUCUUACUGGUAUCCUCCUUGUUGCUGUGAUGUCAAUUAUCUACGUGUUCGCCUUACCCUGCUUUAUGAAAAGGGCAUAUCAUGCAUUCCGACUUACCCAUCUUCUUAAUGUUGCCUUCUACGCGCUGACCGUGUUGCACGGAUUAGCCGAAACUGCUCGAUUUUCUGGUAUCUGGUACUACGCGAUUGGUCCCGUGGUAAUCUUCAUAAUUGAUCGCAUCAUGGGAAUGCGUCAGGAAUACAAGAAACUCAAAAUCCUCAACGCUGAACUAUUGCCGUCUGAUAUCAUUUAUCUGCAAUUCAAACGACGGCCAUUAGUCGUUCUCGUUCCGUUCCGGCCAAUGGGCAGUAGGUCCGUGGACGUGGAAGAUGAGGUCGGAAAUUAUUCGAGCACAAGCGAGCGGUUCGCCUUACCCACUGGUCCAUAUGAAUGGUCCUUACGGCGACGGAAACCAGGUGCUACUACGACAAAUGGCAACAUGUUUUUGUAA